GUUGGUCAACCGUCUAAAGAACCGAAUGUAAAGUUGAAUUGAUUUUUAUUAAAAGGAUAAACAUAUGCACGAUCUUAAUUGUUGAAUUAUUAUGUUUAUUCUUGUGCUACAAUGGAGUACCACUCAGCGUCAAUGCUGAGCGGAUAGCGUUGUUUUCCUUUUUGCUAUCCGUAGGUGAUCAGACAGAUGAACCUAGAGCCGAUCCCAGAAGGCAUUGAGGAGGAGAUGUAUGAUGGCGUGGCUGUCUCUUUAAUCUGCUGAUAUGCUUUAUUUAAUUAACUUUAAUGCUUAUUACGUUUUCGGGCAAGAUCCCAAGUUGUUUGACUUUAAAAAGGCUUCCGCAUUAUUUUAAAUUACUCCGAUGAAUUUUUAUAUGUAUUGAUAGAACGUUUGUUUAAAAUUGUUUUGAAAAUGUCGCAAAUUCGGAUACCAAUUCAGUGACACACCGGUCCGCUGUCUCACGGGUUUGGGUCAUGCGGGUUGGGGUGUUACAGGUGCAAGCCACCACUGAGGGGGUCAACAUCCCCAUGGUUGCGACCCAACCGGCUGUUUCUGCUCCCGUGUUGCCGUUGGGUCUGAGUUCAAUCCCAACACCCAGCGUGGUCAGCCCAUUCACGAUCCUUGUCCCUUCUGCUGGACCGAGGGUCACGUUCCCACCAAGCAUGACCCGGUUCAUGAAUGACCCAGCCAAUCUACAGGUCAUCCAAGGCUUUGGCCAGACGCCGGUACCACAGCCAUCGCCUUUCCAGCCGCAGUUGGUUAGCGCUGUGGCCCCCGUCAAUUUGACUGGUGCACUUAACGCCACCGGUCCGUCACGCCCUCCACAAAACUCCCAUCCCCAGACAACUCCAGAGGGUCAUUGCAUCUCUGUGGAGAGUGGUGAUGAAGAGUGGGACGUCCCUAGAGCCCACAAAAGGAAGAAGGGAAAGGCCCUCAGGCCGGCAACUUCCCGGAACUCCGCCUUCAAAAGGUUGGGGGACAGGGAAGAAGAGCCUCCAAGAACAAGGGCUUCACGCCAGGAAGAAGAAGCAGAAAGCCAACCCCGUGGGCCGGUGGCUAACCGGCUAACCAUCCCGAAUGAUCGCGUCCAACAGAUGGAGGCGAAACUAGAGAGGUUGGAGAAGAAAGCGGGGGAGAAGAAUGACCGGGAUAAACCCCUCGCCGGGUCCCCAUUCACAACAAGGGUCCAUCUGACACGUUUCCCACGUAAGGUCAAGAUAGACACCCCGAGGUUCACCGGGAAGGAAGACCCAGAGAUCCAACUGGAUUACUUCAACCAGAGUGCAACCAUGAACGGUUGCACAGACGAAGAAAAGUGCCUCCUUUUCUUCCAAACCUUGCAGAAUCGAGCUAGUGAAUGGUUCAACAAGCUUCGCCCAGGAAGUAUUGAUUCAUUCAGCAAUUUGGCCUCAAAAUUCAAGGCCAAGUUCCAGGAAAAUUGUACUAAGAGGAACAAAUUCACCAAUCUUAGUACAACCGAGCAGAGGGAAUCUGAGAACUUCACUCAGUUCCUUACCCGGUGGAAGGAAGAGGUAGACAAGGAAGCCUACCAUACGGCAUGGGAAUUCGCGGAGGCAGAGACCCAGCUCCGGGCAAAGAAAGAAGCUGAGCAUGGCUUCAAGCCAAAUCCUGUGCAAAUAAAGAAGGAAGAGGCACCGGGAUCUAUCCGGCCAAGGCAUCACUAUGACACGGUUGUCUGCGUGGUCAAUACAGAAGAGUUCCAGGAGCCCGAUCCUGAUAAAGAACACAUUGGAAUGAUAUUUGGCGGACCUGAAGGUGGAGAUUCAGCCGCGCAACGAAAGAACUGGGUCUGCAGCAUUUACGUUGGAGAAGUAAGUGCUGACCCGGUCAGACGAAAGCAAACGAGAAGGGAACCGAUCGUCUCCACCGACCGGGACCUUCCAGCUACCGGUGAAGAUCAUAAUGAUCCUUUGGUUAUCACCAUGGACAUUAACGGGGUGGAUGUUGCCCGGGUACUAGUUGACACCGGCAGCAGUGUCAACAUUCUGUACUUGGAGACUUUCCAAAAACUCAGGUUGUGUCGGACACAACUCGAGCCCCUCAAGACUCCUCUCUUAGGCUUCACGGGAGACACCGUGGAAGCAGAAGGACCCAUAGUCCUACCGGUCGAACUCGAGUCGGGGGACAAAACCGUGUGGAAGAAGAUGCGGUUCAUCGUUGUGGACAUCAAAUACAACCUCCGGUUGAAUCCUAAGAAAUGCGUCUUCACGGUUCGCACCAGGAAGUUCUUGGGAUUCAUGGCUACCAAGAGAGGAAUAGAGCCCAACCAAGAAAAAAUCCGGGCUAUCACCAAAAUGCAGGCCCCUACCUCUGUUAGGGAUGUUCAAAAGUUGACUGGCUGUCUGGCAGCCCUCAGCUGGUUUCUUUCCCGGUCAGCUGAGAGAUCCCUGCCCUUCUUCAAUGUCCUGAAGAAGGCCAACACGUUUGCAUGGGACGAAGACUGCCAGAAGGCAUUUGAGGAGCUGAAGGAGUACCUAGUGGUACAUGGUGGAAUAUUGUUUACCACCCCAGAAGGCUUCAAGAUCUACAAUGCACUCGUCUUCAACUUCAAAUUAACAAAUAACGAGGCGGAAUAUGAAGCUCUAGCUGGAGGGCUCAGACUCGCUCAAGCUCUCAAAAUCAGCAGGGUUAGUAUCAAAUCUGACUCUAGCCUGAUUGUUGGGCAGGGCUUCGAGGAAUUCAAGAUCGCCCAAAUUCCCCGGGCGGAAAACGUGGAUGUAGAACUUCUCUCCAAACUGACGCGGUAUGCCCUGAGCAUGUUUCAAAACUUGCCCGGGUGGAGAUCCUUGAUCAUUCCAGCAUAGAGAAACUGGAAGUCGCCACUAUAGCAGCAGCAGGCCAAUCUCACCGGUCAAACACGGUCGGGGCAGAUGACCAUUGGAUGAGCGACCUUAUGAAAUAUUAGACGGAUGGAAGCCUGCCAGACCAAGAUGACCGGGCAAGAAAAGUGAAGCUCAGGG